AAGGCGUGUCUUCCUCCAUCAUCUCUCCUCCCAUCACCCUCACCCGACGCCUCUGUGCAUCAAAUUGAACAGCAAUCAUGUCGUCUGAAAUUCCAGCUGCCGAGACUGCGGGCGAUGAAGUCUUCCAGGGCGCCAUCGGUAUCGACCUGGGUACCACCUACUCAUGCGUUGGCUGGUGGGUCAACGAGCGUGUGGAGAUCAUCGCCAACGACCAGGGAAACCGCACCACACCUUCUUACGUUGCCUUCACGGAGUCUGAGCGUCUUAUCGGCGAUGCCGCCAAGAACCAGGCCGCCAUGAACCCGAGGCAGACUGUCUUUGACGCCAAGCGUCUCAUUGGUCGCCGUUUCGAUGACCCAGAUGUCAAGAAGGACAUGACCCACUGGCCUUUCACCGUCAUCGACAAGGACGGCUCGCCUUUCAUCGAGGUCGAGUACCUUGGCGAGAAGAAGCAGUUCAGCCCUCAAGAGAUCUCCAGCAUGGUCCUGACCAAGAUGAAGGAGAUUGCAGAGGCUAAGAUUGGCAAGGAGGUUAAGAAGGCAGUCGUCACUGUUCCGGCAUACUUCAACGACUCCCAGAGGCUUGCUACCAAGGACGCCGGUGCCAUUGCCGGUCUUGACGUCCUCCGUAUCAUCAACGAGCCCACUGCGGCCGCCAUUGCUUACGGUCUCGACUCGAAGUCUUCCACCGAGAAGAACGUUCUGAUCUUUGACCUGGGCGGAGGCACUUUCGAUGUCUCGCUUCUCAACAUCACCGGCGGUGUCUUCGCCGUCAAGGCGACCGCUGGUGACACGCACUUGGGUGGUGAGGACUUCGACAACUCGUUGCUUGAUCACUUCAAGAAGGAGUUCGAGCGCAAGCACAAGCUGGACAUCUCAGGCGACCCCCGUGCCACCCGUCGUCUCCGCAGCGCCUGCGAGCGUGCGAAGAGGACCCUUUCUAGCGUCACUCAGACCACCGUCGAGGUUGACUCGCUGUUCCAGGGUGUGGACGCUUCGUUCCAAAUCACCCGUGCCCGUUUCGAGGAGAUCAACGCAGCCGCUUUCAAGAGCACUAUCGACCCGGUCGCCAAGGUCCUCAAGGACGCCAAGAUGUCUUCCGAGAAGGUCGACGACAUUGUCCUCGUCGGUGGCUCCACCCGUAUCCCCAAGAUCCAGUCGCUCGUCUCAGAGUUCUUCGGUGGCCGCCAGUUGAACAAGUCGAUCAACCCUGAUGAGGCUGUCGCAUACGGUGCUGCCGUUCAGGCUGCUGUCCUGACCAACCAGACCUCUGACAAGACUCAGGACCUGCUCUUGCUCGACGUUGCCCCGCUCUCGCUCGGUGUUGCCAUGCAAGGCGAUGUCUUUGGUGUCGUUGUCCCCAGGAACACCCCCAUCCCCACCAACAAGACUCGUGUCUUCACCACCGUUGAGGACAACCAGACCCAGGUCACCUUCCCCGUCUACGAGGGAGAGCGCACGCAGUGCAAGGACAACCGCUUGCUCGGCGAGUUCGAGCUCACUGGUAUCCCGCCCGCGCCACGAGGCACGGUUGAGCUGCUCACCACUUUUGAGGUCGACGCCAACGGUUUGCUCAAGGUCACCGCGCAAGAGAAGACGUCCGGUCGCAAGGCGAACAUCACCAUCACCAACUCGGUCGGCAGGCUGUCCAGCACGGAGAUCGAGCAGAUGAUCAAGGACUCAGAGAACUUCAAGGCUUCCGACAAGGAAUUCCAGGCGCGCCACGACGCCAAGAACGACCUCGAAGCGUACGUCCACCAGGUCGAGGGCACCGUCAGCAGCCCGAACGCCAACUUCAAGCGCGCGCAGAAGAUCCAGGUCGAGCAGGAGCUCGCGAAAGCCCUCGAGGUUCUCGAGCUCGACGACGCCAAGGCGGACGACUUCCGUCGCGCCUCGCUGCGCCUCAAGCGGUCCGUGCAGAAGGCUAUGGCCGGCAGCAGGUAAAUUUUUCAAUCCAUUCUGGAACUCUUCACCUGCCGCUUGCACCUCCCUGGGCGCUGCCCCAGCCUCUCUCGCCUGUCAUUUGUACUCGUACCUCACGCAAAAUUACACAGUGCAUGUGCCCACCUUA